AUGGCGGCGACGGAAACACUGGUCUUCCCCGGCCCCGACGGAUUCGACUGCGCAAGGCGGCUCCGCCACAAGAUGCUCCUCUCCUACCUCUCCCGGCAGCGCCUCUUCCCCACCUUCCAAUCGAUGGUCCAGCAGACGGACGCGCACAUGUGCGGGGAUCAUCUCCGGCGGCUGGUGUACCGGGGGCAGUGGGCCGACGCCCUGGACUACCUCGGCCGCUUCAACUCGCGCAACACCGUCGCCUCCAACGCCCUCCACUUCUUCCUCCACACGCUCUGGGCCCUGGCCGACGUCGCCGCCGCCGCCACCGACGGAUCCGUCAAAUCCACCGCGCACCAGCACGGCAUGGCAUUGUCCACGGUCAUCUGCCGCUGCCCCAGGCUCCGCUCCAUCGUCAAGGCCAUGGUCGACUCACCACAGCAAUGUGCCUCCCUCAACUGGGAAUCCACGAGGGUCAUGGCGGCGUCCCUUGCAUAUUACCUGGCUGACGAGGAUCCGGAGUUGUAUCGCCUGAUGCAGCUGCCCAACCACGCCCAAAUGCUCCCACUGCUCCCCAUCAGGCCAAGGCGUCACGUGAAACGACCACCUAGGCGCCGCACACCAGCAGGAAGGGGACGUGCCAUCGCCAGGCUCUAUCUCAGCAAGAGGAGGACAAGUCUGCAAUCUUCAAGCCAACAUACUCCUGCAUUCAUGGAUGAGUCACUGGAUCGGGUGGCGGGUCUUGUCGAGGAAUGUCUAAAUGCUGGUAAGCGUCAGAAGCGUCAGUCAUCUGGGCGAGUGCCUCGCUUCGUGAUUCCGCUUCAAAUCGCUCCUGGAGCUCCAGUUUCACAGACCAACUCUGGGACAACAUCAGUGCCAAAUGCAGCUUGCUAAGAUCCCUGACGUAUGAGUCUGAAGCUGAAGAACGUACGGUGACCAGUCUGGAGCUGAAGAAGGCUUGCAAUCCUCAAGUCUCUGAUUACUGCUAUCUAAAUAAGACAUCCUCUGAGCUGCUGCAGCUGUGGUUUUUUUUUUUUCUUAUUGUUUUGGUUACCUAUUUAUGCUCCCAUGUCUGUAAUAUAUGACAAUUACUAUUGUUGCAUAAAUGGAUUUCAGUUAGUGCUAUUGCAUAAAUUAGUGCUAUCAUGCGCCCAUGUCUGUAAUAUAUGGUUCGGUGUCGAAACGGGCGUUUCUUUAGUUCCUGAAGGGGGCCUUUAUCGACAUACACGCUUGAGAGUACAUUUAGUGAAUCUUUCAAUAUCAA